AAAUCUUCCCGCUUCCCCUGCUUCGUAGGGCCGAGAUCGAGCUCGAUUGCCUUGGCGAAGACGCCAUUACGGGGCAAACGAGGGUAGCUGCGGCUUCGUUUAAGGCUGAUAGGAUUUAACAGGGAAGUCCUUACAUUAUAGCAGUGGAAAUUCGGAAUAAGCUUAGCGUUAGGUGACAGAGAAGUGCGGAGAAUAUUUACAGCCAUGGAUGGUUAUGUCGGAAAAGAGAUUCCGAUUGACGGGGAAAUGGAGUUAGGUGAUACUGGAUCAGUGUCAAACCGAUGACCGGUGAUAUCAUGGAUGUGCAGGCCUUCGCGCGACUAUCAAAAAAGCUGUCGAAGGUCCCGAAGAAGAAGAAGGAGGAGGGGCCCUCGGCGAAUCAACCCCUCGUCGAUGAAGUUUUGAAGAAGGCUGGGGCUUCCAAGACUCCGGAGGAUAAGGAGUCCACUAAGGAGGUCCCUGCUGCUGAUUCCGGUGCUGUUGCCGGGGGCUCCCAAGCUGGGGAGCUUAAGAGGAAGAAUGCCGGGAAGGGCUCCAAGCCUCCGGUGACCAAGAAGUUGAGGGGGGCUGAUGAAGGUAAGGGUGCCCCCCUGGUGAACCUUGAAGAGCCCUCCCCCUCUCAUAUGGUGGAUCUUGAGGAGGGGGCUUGGCCGCAGGAGACGGUGCAGUUCUCUUUUAAGAAGGGGACUGCCAUCGUCCAUGGAACCCUCGACCCGAGGGAAUAUCUGGAGGGUGCCACUCCCCCGUUAGACCGCUCGACCCUCGGCAAGUUUGAGGAUGAUGCCCUCGAACGAAGGGCACUUGAGGCCUCGGUCACCGCUAGCCUGGCCUUUGGAGAGUAUGUCCGGCGGAUGGAUCAAAUUCGCCUCCGGAAGGCGGAAGACGACGAGGCCCUUAAAAGGCUCGUUGCAAAGAAUACCGAGGCCAUUAGGAAGAUGGCUGAGCUAGAGGAGGCCCUGAGGCAGGCUGGGAAUAAGGUGGAGGCCGCUAAGGUGGAGGCCCGUGCCGAGGGGAGGGCUGAAGCGGAGAGAGCUGCUGCCGAGGCCGCAAAGCAAGCAGCCGAGGAAGCCGAGAAGGCCAAGGCUGAGGCCGUGGCCAAGGCCAGGGAAGACGGCAUCGCUUCCUUCGUUGCGGAGGGAUGGAAGUCCGAGGAUCGCCAGGAGUGGGUGGCCUCGGUCAUAGAACAAGGCGUCGAGGGCUGGGUGGCAGGCCCCGGAUCUGAAUGGAUGGCCUUGAAGGGCAAAAACUAUUUUGACGGGGGCGAAUUUUUUACCCAGCGUCUGAUCUACAGGAAGCUGGCCGGCCACUUUGGCGUUGACCCUAGCCACUUCGAUCCCUCGGCCUACGGCCUCCCUCCUCGUCAGCCUGAUGUCCGGAUCCCCCUCCCGGAGGGCGAAGAGAGGCGCCAGCUCUCGGAUUCUGAGUUGAUGAGGGAAUGCGGCCUCGCAGAUGAGGAUGAAACUGGUGAUGAUGCCACCUCUGAGCCCAAGACCGACGGAGUCCAAGGAGCUUAGACUUAGGAUCUUUUUGAUGUAUUAUUUUUAAUAGCUUGUAUCCUUCGGCUUUAGCCAUGUAAUGAAGCAAUCUCUUAAAUUCUGAAUAAAUGCUUUGCCUCCGGG